AUGAGAUUUGGGGUUAGAGGGUUUCUCAUUGAUGCACAUAGAUACAGAUCGGAUAGCCUUCAUAACGUGAACGGAUGGUACUUCUUCACCUAUUUGACGAACAAAUACCCCAAAGGCAGCCGUCCCUCUCGAUCAUGUGGAGAUGGUGGAUUUUGGAAACCCACCGGCAAAGACAAGAAGAUUUAUUACAAUGGCAAUACCGUCGGAUACAGGAAGUCACUAGAUUUCUUACUUGGGCCUGGUGAAAAAACGGCUUGGAAGAUGCAUGAAUAUAGAAUUCAUGCAAAUAACCCCAAGUCGGAUCCAGUUUUAUGUAGAUUGUAUAUGAACAUAAGACGCAAAAACAAAGAUGAAAGUGAAGGUGACACAGUAGAAUUGAUGAGGGAAAAUCUUGACCAGUGUUUUACAGUGAAUGAAGCUCCCAUGCAGAAUGAGGACAAUGAUUUGGCGGUUGGCAAUAUUUCCUCUGCUGGUUCUACAAACAAUCAAUGUAUGGAGUAUAUUACCAGCACUCUAGACACAGGAGGUGAUGCCAUUUCAAACCAGAAUGAGGACAAUGAUUUGGCGGUUGGCAAUAUUUCCUCUGCUGGUUCUACAAACAAUCAAUGUAUGGAGUAUAUUACCAGCACUCUAGACACAGGAGGUGAUGCCAUUUCAAACCAGGUUAUCUAUGAUCUUUCUAGUUUCCAAUUUCCUGAUCAUCCAUUUCAAGAUUUCCAAGGAUACACUAAUUCUCAUGGUGGGCUCGAAGCAAUUACUCAAGAGUUCACUGAACCGUUCCAUUUAUCAAAGGGUACCAUGAUAUUUGAGUACGGAACCGUUCCAUUUAUCAAGGGGUACCAUGAUCCCCUCUGA